AUGACGACCAUCUGCACGACACCCAAUUCUCCGCCCGAACUAUCGGGAUCCAAGUCCUCUAAAUCUUCCUCCUUCCGUUCCUCUUCUCAGCUGUCCGGUCCCGACGGUAUUCUCGCCGACAUUUCCAAUUUCGAAGAAAUCGGCCUGGAGGAUGACCCGGAGUUGCCCUACAUGGAUGGUGUUACUACUGCUUAUGGCAAGUCGGGGGUCCUGGCUCGCUCGUCGACAGCCAGGUUGCAGCCCAAAGCUCCGCUGACUACGACGCGCGACUUGACGUCGACGGUCAAACCCACCAGGACUCCUUAUCCAUCGCUCAAGGGCCAGGUCAAUGGGGCAUUGACGAAACCGAAGCACAGCAGCUCCAAGCUUAGGUCAGGCAAUCAACGAAGUGCGAGCAGUACUCAGACGUUACCGAUUCAAUCUUCCAGACCCCAUCGUUCACGAUCCAAUUCACCGCUUCGAAUGGCGUCUAAUCUGGGACCAUCUCCCUCCGCUCAGACCUUGACAGUUUCUCCCGUCAGCAGUCGACCCCCGCUCAAUCGCAAGAGUUCGUGGCAGCGAAGCCGCAAAUCCCUUAAAGAGCUCGAGGAGGAAUACCAUGACUCCGAUGAGGAGCUGCCAGAUGAUACGAGCUUGUGGAACGUCCCUAUUUCCCCCCGGCCAGUGCAAGAUCGCGCACCGUCCCGAGGUACCAGUCCGGAUGGCCGAAGUCCAGGACCGCGUCCGCUCCCGUUGUCGCAUUCUGUCUCGGACAUGUCCGUUUUGUCUUCUACGAAUGCGAAAUCCCCCAAGGGAUCUCGGUCGAGCCGACAGAUGGUGCGCUCAAGCUCCGCUGGUCCUGAGCGAGGACAGAUCUCGCCUCGCAAUCCACGCAUUUACUCGUACAACAAUAUGCUGUCGGAUCUGUCGGAGGAGGCGAAGAUUAUCACUCAAGCUCUGGAAUAUCAUGCCGACGAACGCGAGCGCAGACGUGCAGAGAACCUCCAGAACGGCAUCUCCUCGCUACGGUCCAGCACCGAAUCGAAACGCGAUUCCAAAGCGACCAUCGAACUGCCUCCUCUGCAAAAGUCCAAUAUCAUGAUCGAUCCGUUGCCCAUCAGCAAGGAGAAGGAAAAGGUCCUUACGCGUACGCGGCCUAGCUGGCUUCCCCCCAAGGACCAAAAGGAAGAGAAGAGACAUCUGAAAGAAUAUAAGAAAAUGAUGGCAAUGGCGCGCGAAGCAGACAAGCGCAGAGCUGCCAAAGCCGCUUCGGCCAAAUGCGAAAAAGAUAAUACGCGGGAAGCUCUCCAGCGUAUCUGGGAUGAGUACGUGUUUCCCAACUGGGAUCGCGCUAUCGGUGAAACCCGUACGCGAGAAUUGUGGUGGCGCGGUGUGCCGGCGCGUCAUCGGGGUGCGAUUUGGCAGCGCGCCAUCGGCAACGAACUAUCCCUAUCCGAAGAAACGUACAAGAAGGCAUUGCAAAGGGCCAAAGACGUUCGCUCCAAAUCCGACGGUGAGGCGGGCGAAAGUCAUAAGCGGAUGAGGGAAUGGUUCGAUACAAUUGAGGCGGACGUGUCGACAGCGUUUCCGGACCUGAAACUUUUCCAGGUGGGCGGCCCACUGCGCGAUACUUUGAUCGAUGUGCUUGAGGCAUACUCGAUGUAUCGAAGCGAUGUGGGAUACGUCAGUGGUCUUCAUACGAUCGCCGCUCUUCUGGUUCUCCAGUUCCCAUCGCCGUCUUCGGCAUUCCUUGCCAUGGCCAAUGCACUGAACCGGCCUCUCCCUGUUGCAUUUCUCACGCUGGACCGCGGGGCCAUCGGUCGUACGUAUUCGCUGGUGUCUGCGACGCUCCGCUACAAGUUCCCUCGCCUGGCGACUCAUCUUUAUGAGACUCUGCGUCUCAGCGACGAGGAAAUCUGGGAACCGAUGUUCCGCUCUCUCCUUACGAAUGGGCUAGAUCUGGAGCGCGUCAGUCGCGUCUGGGACUGCUGGGUGUUUGAAGGAGAUCGUAUUCUAAUUCGCGCCGCGGUCGCGAUUCUCGGCUGCUUGCAGCCACAACUGUUUGCAUUCACGCAGCCGGACGACCAGGGUCGCGCCGCUGUGAAGGACAUUCUCGGAGCGGGCCCUCGCCACGCCGGAAGUAACAAACCUGCCGCCCGUCACAGCGCUCCGGCCGCCCCUAUGACUGGUUUCGGUGGUUCUCAGUCCGUCAAUGCCGUGGCUGGUGAUUACUGGAUACUCACCACUGCAGGGGACGAAGAUGGGUUCAUGAAUGAGGUCCGAGAGGCUGGUAAGGUGCGGGAUUAA